GUGCCAGCUUGGAGGCCUGCUUGGUCGCAUUGCACAUCGUGCGCAUAAGACGUCGUUUCGAGCCAAUUCGCUGCUUAAACAUUGCCGACUUUGACAGCGCAAGUCGGCGGCAGCGAAAUCGCGGCGAGUUUAGACGGCUAGGAGCCGCACCACAAGAGAGCAGCACAGACAAGAUCUUCGGCCGGAGGCGCGCGGAGACUGACAGAGACCACAGGCGCAGCGAAAGCUCUUCGACGGAUGCGUUGGCUCACCCUCGCCGUCGCCGCCGCGACGACGCGCGCGCUGACGCCGACGCAAGUGCGGAGCCAGCUCGCGCUGACCGGCGAGACGACGGCCGCGCUCAAGACGCAGAUCAUCAAAGCGGCGAAGGGCACGCGCAACGGCGUCGACGCCGACGAGCGCAAGCGCGCCACUGUUGCCGCUUUAUGCGACGAGCUCGAAGCGCGCCAGGACAAGCAGCUCUUCGCUCCAUUAACAGGAGAGCAUUCAUUGGUCUUCACGACCGUCCAAGGCGGCUCCUCCGGCAAGAUUGGGCCCUUCGUCGGCGCCGUCACGCAAACUUUUAUUGAUGACGUGAAAUUCGAGAAUUCGGUCGAGCUGGGGCCGCUGCGCCUGGCGCUGCAGGCUAAACGGACGCCGAAGGACGGCCAGACCUACCGCGUGGACUUCGAGAGUUUGGGGGUCGAGCUUUUUGGCGUGAAGCUCUUCGAGAAGGAUAUGAAGGGCGGCGGCGCCUGGAAGCUGCGGUACGUCGACGAGGAUUUGAGAAUCAUGGACACGCCGUCGUUGUUCGUCCUGAAAAGGAGGAAGGACGACGUCGGCCUGCGGGACGUGCUCGCCGAUCCCGCGCGGUUCAUGGAGGACCCGGACUAGGAGUCGCCUGUUUAAGUUUGCACAUUAGU